AUGAACCCUUUUAACUUUAAAUAUGUCACUGCUUCAGCUCAGAGGCAUGUUUUAAUAUACACAACUACGUUUUGGAAGAAACCAAUUUAUGGGAUCUGCCCCGACAUUGGAUGGGCAUUUCAUUUGGCAAUCCAUUUGGCAGUUCACCUAACCUUUGGGGGCGAAUUCACCACAGGAUUAAUCAUCGUGGUCGUCAUUUCCAUACUUCCUAAGUCUUAUGUUAGCCAUUUUGUGUGUUUGCUAAAACGUAUGUCGUCUGCACUGCACAGGGCGAAAAGGGGCCUAUUAAUCAUAUAUGGGCAAACACUCCGAUAA